GACACACAUACAAACCGUACAAUUCAAUGUAGUACACUGCUUUGAACCAGAGUCAAACGUACAUGACAUGUAAUGCAAACUUGUCCAAUAGAAGAAGACGUAUCACCAUCGUGUGGCGAAGUGAAAUCAUCACAACGUAUUGGUGAAACUGUGACGCGUGUGUGGGGAGUGGUCAGGGUUCAGUGUGUCAGAGCGCAGGAUCAUCGCCUGCAAGUCAACCAAGUCAAAGUCCAAGAACCGACCAAUUUUAUCAUCGUGGUUGAACAUGGACGGCGCUAUGGAGGCCUCGUACAAAUACGUGAUUUACUUUGAGCGUCCUGACUUUGAUGAAUGGAAAAAAACAAUCGAAUACCACUUCAAAAUUAAACGUAAAUCAGGCGGUGGGGAAUGCGGACCGGUGGAUGUUUUCCAAGGAAAUGUUUAUAGAAUUGCAUUCAAAGAUCGAAAAGAUCAGCUUAGUGUGCUGAAGAAACGUGUUCACUCGAUCGAGAGGGAGAACAAAAUUGUUGCCAGGUUUAUUGUCCAUGAAACCCCAGAGUCUCUCCUUCCUGAACCGUCAACCCUCACAACUACUGCACCCGAAGCUGAUAACCCGAAAGUGGGGUGUGAGACCGAAUAUCAUGUUGCCGCCUCACCAUUGCCACCCGUUGUUCAAAAUCAACAAGAACACUUAGAGAGUUCCACUCCCCAAAAUCCUCAGAAAGAACCUUCAAAGGCAGGGCAGCACCCAGAGGAUGAGCUCCUACCCUCUGGCGGUCAUGCUCAGUUGCAACUAGUUAGCGGUACAGGGAAGAUCCAACCUGAUGUUGAAGAAAACGGGCCCUUGAGGGAUAGGGAGGCGCAAUGGGUUGACAAAGUCAAAGAAACAUCCAGGCCUAGUCAGGCUGACAAGGUAGACAUUGUUGACUACAUGCAAGGAAAUCCUGCAGAGGCAGAAUCCCCCAGUAUCAGAGUGCAGCCUAAUCCAUCAGGAUCCCACAAGGCAAGUUCUCUCUCGUGGGAAGAACCACAAAGAAGGCCCCUUUCUGAUCAGCAUGGCCCCAGAGACUACAUGGGGUCUGCUGCUAGAGAAGUCCAAGAAGGAAAGGGGGGUCAACGUUAUGACCUACCCGGGGGAGGAAAUGUGCUGGUGUGUCGCGGUGACAUCACCAAGGUAAAAGCAGACGCGCUGGUGAAUGCCGCCAAUGGAUAACUGGAUCAUGGCGGAGGUGUUGCUGCUGCCCUGAGCCACGCAGGAGGUCCUGAAGUCCAGCGAGAAAGCUAUGCUUUAGUAAGAAAUCAUGGGAGAUAUGCUACAGGGGAUGCAGUAAUGACUACGGGAGGGCGUCUACAAUGCAAGAAGCUGAUUCACAUCGUUGGGCCUGUGCAGGGAGAGGCAUAUGGCCGUGAGCGAGAAUUACUAACACGCUCGGUAGGGUCAGUGCUGAAACUGGCGGAUGAGAACAAGUUCCAGUCCAUAGCGAUUCCCUGUAUAAGCUCCGGCAUUUUCAAAGUUCCAAUCAGUUUGUGUGCAGAAGCAAUUGUCACAGCUGUUUCUGACUUUGGGAGUCAAAGCCAGCACCUGAAGAGAAUUACCCUGAUAGACACCAGAGAGGAGGUAGUGAAGGCCUUGAAAGUGGCGUGUGAGAGGAUCUUUUCCUCUGCCAAUGCAGAACAAGAAACAGCCGGGGAUCGCCAGUUCCAUGAGAGCCCUGGAGCCUCGAGUCGAUGGUCAAAUUCUGGCGCUAAUCCAGUAAACCAUGGCGAGAAAGGAAGAAUUAUGAAUGAUGACCCUUCUCAUAAGCCCCACAAACAGCACGAGCAUCAAGAAGAAGUGUGGCCUGCUGCAAGACAAGUCCAAAGAAGAAAGGGGCGUCAAUGUUAUAACCUUCCCGGGGGAGUAAGCGUGUUGGUGUGUUGUGGUGACAUCACCAAAGAAGAAGCAGAUGUGCUGGUGAAUGCCGCCAAUAGAAACCUGAAGCAUGACGGAGGCGUUGCGGGUGCCCUCAGCCACUCAGGAGGUCCUGAAGUGCAGAAAGAGAGUACAGAUCUAGUAAAAGAACAUGGGCAAUAUGCUGCAGGUGACACAGUAAUGACUACGGGAGGGCAUCUACAAUGCAAGAAGCUGAUUCACAUCGUCAGGCCUGAACAGGGAGAUGAGAAUGGCACUGAGAAGUUAUUUCUGAAAAAAUCGGUUUGGUCAGCACUGCAACUGGCGGAUGAUAAGAAGUUCAAGUCCAUAGCCAUGCCCUGUAUAAGCUCAGGUAAUUCCAAAGUUCUUAUCAGUGAGUGUGCAGAAGCAAUUGUAUCAGCUGUGUUUCGCUUUGGGAAACAAAGCCAACAUCUGAACAAAAUGACCCUGAUUGACACCAGAGAGGAGGUAGUGGAGGCCUUAAAAGCGGCCUGCGACAGGAUGUUUUCCUUGGAGAUUGCAGAACCAGAAGCGUCCAGGGAUCGCCAGUUACAUGAGAGCACUCGACCCUUUGGUCCAGUCUCCAAUUCUGGCGCCAAUCCAGUAAACUAUGGCGAGGUAGGAAGAAUUAUGAAUGAUGACCCUUCUCAUAAGCCUCACAAACAGCAUCAACAUCAAGAAGAAGUGGAGCCUGCUGCAAGACAAGUCGAAAGAGGAAAGGGGAGUCAAUGUUAUGACCUUCCCGGGGGAGUCAGAGUGCUGGUGUGUUGUGGUGACAUCACCAAGGUAGAAGCAGAUGUGCUGGUGAAUGCCGCCAAUAGAAACCUGAAGCAUGACGGAGGCGUUGCUGAUGCCCUGAGCCGCGCAGGAGGUUCUAAAGUGCAGCAAGAAAGUACAGAUUUAGUAACAAAACAUGGGAAAUAUGCUACAUGGGCCACAGUAAUGACUACGGGAGGGCGUUUGAAAUGCCAGAAGCUGAUUCACAUCGUCAGGCCUGUACCGGGAGAGGAGAAUGGCAGUGAGAAGUUCUCCCUGAAAGAAUCGGUUUGGUCAGCACUAAAACUGGCGGAUGAUAACGAGUUCAAGUCCAUAGCCAUGCCCUGUAUAAGCUCAGGUAAUUCCAAAAUUCGUAUCAGUGAGUGUGCAGAAGCAAUUGUAUCAGCUGUGUUUCGCUUUGGGAAACAAAGCCAACAUCUGAACAAAAUGACCCUGAUUGACACCAGAGAGGAGGUAGUGGAAGCCUUAAAAGCGGCCUGCGACAGGAUGUUUUCGUUCGAGAUUGCAGAACCAGAAGCAUCCGGGGAUCGCCACUUCCAGGAGAGCGCUGGAGCCUCGAGAGGACGGUCCAAGUCUGGCGCUGAUCCAGUAAACACUGAGACAGAUUUCAGUGGCAUCAAGUUGGAGACCGCGGUGGGGCUCAUCGAGGAACAGAAAGUUGAUGCCAUAGUCUCACCUAUGAAAGACAAUGACCCUCGCUCUACCGGUUUGGGGAACAUAUUGUUCGAUAUAAUCGGAAAAGGGUUGAAGCCUUUGUUUACGAAGAAGACAAAGGAAUGGCAGUUGCCUGUUGUUGAAGUCGAUGUUAAUGGUCUCGAGAAGCUACACUGUCGCAAGGUCUUCUUCGUUAAUCUUCUGCCCUGGGAUGAGCAACACAGAGAAGCACCUCUCCUGGCUCUGAAACGUGGGCUUGAACACGUUUUGACUUCCUGUCAAGACCAAAGAUUUGACUCCGUUGCUUUCCCUAUGCUCGGUACUGGGGAAGUGUUGCAAUUCCCCCAGGAUGUGGCGCAAUCAGUCCUGCUGGAGGUGGUCGGAUCGCCCAUGCUGAACAGGCACAGCGGCAGGCCAUUGGUGGUCCGCAUUGUCGUGCACCCCAGUGACCCCCAAACACGCAA